AUGAUUGUAGUCAUCUACAAGGGUGAAGAGAAGCACUUUGCAGAUGAGGAAAUCUCUUCCAUGGUUUUAAUUAAGAUGAAGAAAUUGCUGAGGCAGUCCUUGGUUCAACCGUUAAGAAUGCUGUGGUCACUGUCCCGGCGUCAAGCAACCAAGGAUGCAGGUGUAAUUUCUGGUCUGAAUGCGAUGAGUGUCAUCAAUGAACCAACAGCUGCUGACAUUGCCUGUGGUCUUGAUAAGAAGGCAACCAGUGUUGGUGAGAAGAAUGUGCUGAUAUUUGAUCUUGGAGAUAGUACUUUUGAUGUAUCUCUUCUAACCAUCGAGGAGGACGUCCCUAGUAACCACAGGGCUCUCAGGGGAUUGAGGACAGCUUAUGAGAGAGCAAAGAGAAAUCUCUCAUCCGCCACCCAAACCACCAUUGAGAUAGACUCACUCUACGAGGGCAUUGAUUUCUAUUCCACCAUCACUCGUGCCAGAUUUGAGGAACUCAACAUGGACUUGUUCCAGAAGUGUAUGGAACCAGUAGAGAAGUGUUUGCUUGAUGCUAAGAUGGACAAAAGUACGGUCCAUGACCUUGUCCUUCUUGGUGGUUCCACUAGGAUUCCCAAGGUCCAGCUAUUGUUGCAGGACUUCUUCAGUGGGAAGGAACUAUGCAAGAAUUUCAACCCUGAUGAUGAUGUUGCUUAUGGUGCUGCUUUCCAGGAUGCCAAUUUGAGUGUUGAGGGAAAUGAGAAGGUGCAGCACUUCCUGCUAUUGGAUGUCACUCCUCUCUCCCUUGGUCGGGAAACUGCUGGUGGUGUCAUGACUGUUGAUUGUUAG